AUGAAGUCCUUCAUCUUCCUCGCUUUCCUGGGAGCUGCUGUUGCUUUCCCCACUAACAAUGAUGACGAUGACAAAAUCGUCGGGGGCUACACCUGUCAGGAGGGUUCUGUCCCCUACCAGGCAUCCUUGUACUCCGGCUACCACUUCUGCGGCGGCUCCCUCAUCAACGAACAGUGGGUGGUGUCCGCAGCUCACUGCUACAAGUCCCAAAUCCAGGUGCGUCUGGGAGAACACAACAUUGAAGUCACUGAGGGCAAUGAGCAAUUCAUUAAUGCUGCCAAGAGCAUCACUCACCCCAAAUAUAAAUCAUCUACCCUGGAUAAUGAUAUUAUGCUAAUUAAGCUGAGCUCAAAAGCCAAGAUCACCUCUCAAGUGUCCUCAGUCUCUCUGCCAACAUCCUGUGCAUCCGCUGGUACUGAGUGCCUCAUCUCUGGCUGGGGCAACACCCUGAGCAAUGGUGAGAACUACCCUGAUGUACUGCAGUGUCUGAAGGCUCCCAUCCUCUCUGCCAGCACCUGCAGCAGCUCCUACCCAGGCCAGAUUACUAGCAAUAUGAUCUGCGUGGGCUUCACAGAGGGUGGAAAGGACUCUUGCCAGGGUGACUCUGGAGGCCCCGUGGUCUGCAAUGGAGAACUCCAGGGCAUCGUCUCCUGGGGCUAUGGCUGUGCUCUGAAAGGCAAACCUGGUGUCUACACCAAGGUCUGCAACUACGUGGAUUGGAUUGAACAGACCAUCGCUGCCAAUUAG